AUGGAAGAAGACGAUCCUGUUGUUCAAGAGAUACCAGUGUUCUUAUCCCAAGCUUUGACAAAGAAUCUAUACAUCUAUCAGUAUCCAGUAAGACCGGCCAAUAGGGAUUGGUCAAAUGCAAAAGUUGAAAAUGUAUCUAUUAAACCGCGGAACAAAUUAGUACGAAUGGAAAUUGGCUUAGAUACUUACAGCGAUAAGUAUUGUUCAUCCAAAGGUGAACAGAUUGCUGUUAAUACCGAUGGGCUGCAUGGAUUAAUUAAGGAUAAAGAACGUGAAAAAUCUAGAUAUUUUAAGACUGAUGUAAUGGAUAAAAUUGUUUAUGAAAGUAGUUCUACUUGUGUUGAUACACAACAUUAUGCUAUUGGAAUAUUGCAAGAUAAGGAGCUGCAUUGUACUCCCAUCCAAGGUAUAGUCCAAUUACGUCCAUCCUAUUCAUAUUGUGACAAACAAGAUAAAAGGAAGCAGGAUAAGAAUGAAUUGGAUGUGUCAGAAGAUGAAGAAAAGGAACCUGAAAUACAGCAGGUCACAGUAAAGUUUGCACGAGUAGAGACUGAAGUUGCAAAGAAAGCCAGGGAAAAAUCCUUUCACACAAUUAGUCAAAAGGUUGCUGAAGAGCCAUGGUAUGAUGCAUUGUGGAAAAGCUCAAAAAGUGAUCAGGCUGAGUUGGAGAGAUUGAAGCUGUUUAGUGCAACGUCAUCAGACGGGUCUGCUUUGACCUUAGAGGCACGGGAUUACAUCAAAGAACUAGUUCCAAGUGCUGAAGAAGAUGAACAAGAAACUGAAAAAACACUAACUUUGCCAGAAGUCAUUAAGGAGAUACUAUUGGAUGCUAAACUAAUGACAUUCACGGAACUCCGUGAAGCGGUACGCCGUAGUGGCCUACAAAGUGGCGACGCGGCCCUUUUAGGCGCUCUGGGCGGGGCCGCUUGCUGUGUGAGAGGCUUGUGGGCGCCGAGAUCACAUGACGUAUACCCGCGCGCCACGCCUGCACCCCCAAGACUGCUUUGUGCUGCUAGGGACCAUGUGCUUUAUCUUUUCACUCAACACCCAUAUGUGGACAGGCGAAAAAUUACCGCCGCAGUCCGAUUGCCAGCAAGUGACGUGCUUGGAAUACUUCAGUCUGUCGCUAAACUAAAUCCCAACACGGGUUGGGAGCUUUUAUUACCACCGGACCUCGCCUUCGAAGCUAAAUAUCCAGAAAUAAUACAACGCCAGAAUCUAUACUGGGAAGCCAGGCAGCGGCAGUUCAACGAAAUGCUAAUGGGAGAAUGUGUACCGAAGAGGCAAAGGAAGAAAUCCCAAAGAGAUUCUAUAAGUUCUGAUACAAUGUUAAGUCCAAAACCGAGGUGUAAUAGUGUUAGUGAAGAGGAAAGUGAUAGAAAACGAUAUAAAAAUAAAUCUGCUAGUGGGGUGGGAAAACGGACUAGACAUGUCAGUGGGGGACCGGAUACGUGA